AUGAGUAAGAGGAAGAAAGUGAAAUCGAAAGCGCAUCCGAGGACGAAGAACGUGCCCAAAAUCGAUCGCAAAUUCAGAUGUCCCUUAUGCGGUGGUAUGUUCAAGUUCCCGUCAUCGAUCGCUCUCCAUAUCGAAUCGGGCGCGUGCAACAAUAUUUCUCGGCACCAAGUCACAUCCGCCAUCCAUGCUCUCAAUGUAAUUCCCAGGAUCUCGCUGUCCCAUCGCAUUGCAGGUCCGGGGGGAUUGCCCGGGGGCACGAUUGUUCGCUAUUCAGCAAACCGGCAAGCGUUCAACGGGUUUGCGUACGAGUGCUACUUCUGCCACCGCACGUUUUGUACGCUCGCGUCUUUGAACGCGCACCUCGGGUCUGCGGCACACGACAAGAAUCAAUUCAAGUGCCCGAGGUGCAAUAAACCGUUCAAGCUUAUAUCAGGGCUAAUACAGCAUGUUGAGAGCGGGACGUGCGGCGCGGCGAAGUUUAAGCAGGUAGAGGACAUGGCGUCACGCAUGACCGGGCAGUUUGCUCGGCUGUUGGAAUUCUAA